AUGCAGUUUGCUGCUGGCUACUUGAAGAAGAAAGGUCUAAGACCAAGCUUUGCGCCUGGCCAGAAGUUUGGACCGAAAGAGCCCAAGAUGCCCGCCCAGAAGAUGGUCAGAAAGGCACCAAGAAAGAAGCCAGCUCUUGCCAAGAAGCCAGCAAAGCGCCGUCAGAGAACUGGAGUCAAGGCUCUUCGUGAGAUUAAGCGAUAUCAGAAGACAACAGAGCUUCUUGUGCCUCGUGCGCCUUUCGUGCGACUUCUCCGGGGGAUUCUUUUCGAUCUAAGCAAGGAUAUGCGAAUCCAAGCGUCUGCUGUCAGUGCACUUCAAGAAGCUGCAGAGACGACACUUGUCAGGGAGUUUGAGAUGACGCAACUUGCUGCCAUCCACGCAAAGCGCGUGACGAUCCAACAGAAAGAUAUGAAGCUGGUCCAAGCCAUGCGUCUCCACAUGACUGGCUUCAGUUUUCCAGGCAACAAUGUUUGA